AUGACCGAAUCCUCGAAGCGCAGCUCCACGCUGCGUGUCAUCACUGCGCCGGCCAGGGCUGUGUCUAACGCCUCGUGGCUCUAUCCUUUCAAGGGCAUCUAUUACUUCUGCGCCCAUCCGUUCCUGUGGCCGCUCCUUCGCGCCCGGCUCCUCCCAAGCGCUCUCCUGUCACUCUUCGUUCUCACCAACCUUUUCCUAUGGACAUAUCUCCCCCAGGUCGCUCUCCUAGCAGUCUUCCACGGCCAUCUGGCAUGGCUGAAUGCCACGUUCCUCGUUCUGGGUGAGGGGGCCGCCAUCGUGUCCCUUCUCUUCGAAGCCUUCUUCGUCGACGAAACCCUCGUCGACGUCUUCGACGCCGUCCUCAUCAAACAAGGCUACACGGACCUGAUCGCGUCUUCUCGCGUCCUCGACCCCGAUGGCUCAGACCCUGUCAAGCAGCUCGGCAAACCCACGACGUCCGCUAUCUACUCGCCCUUCUCCUUCCGGCAGAUCGCCGAAUUCAUCAUCUUCCUACCUCUCAAUUUGAUCCCGGUGGCGGGGACGCCCAUGUUCCUGAUCAUGACUGGGUAUCGCGCGGGGCCGCUGCAACACUGGAGGUACUUCAAGUUGCUGGAUUUCACAAAGAAAGAGAAAGACGCAUUCAUCAGGAAGAGACGGCUGCGGUACACGUGGUUCGGGACUAUGGCAUUGCUGCUACAGCUGGUGCCUGUAUUGAGUAUGCUGUUUCUCCUCACGACAGCUGCAGGGUCUGCAUUGUGGGUCGCAAAGCUCGAACGGAAGAGACGAGCUUUGGAGGUAAUACCAGAAGAUGAAAGAAGCGAGCGAUAUGCGGAUAAUGAGCCUUGA